GGAAAGAGGGAGAGAGGAAAGAGGGCCACGAGAGUAACUUCGGCAAUACGCUGUUUCAGCACAGGUUAACAACAUGGAGGCAAAGGAGAGGAAAAAGCCGUUGGUCAAAGAUUUGAACGAACAUAUCGUGUGCCCCCUAUGCAGAGGAUACCUCAUAGACGCUACGACUCUUGUGGAAUGUCUGCACUCCUUUUGCAGAGGUUGCAUCGUUCGACGUCUGAGUAGUGGCGCCCGUGCGUGUCCUGUGUGUAACGUCGCGACGUCGCCACCCCUCUUGCCGGAUGCGCGGCUCCAACGGCUGGUGUACCUUGCGGUGCCCGGGCUCUUCCGGUCGGAGCUCGAACGUAGAUGCCAUUUCCGUCUGGUGAAUCCGCAAUGUCCGCCGUUGACACCGCCCGUGGGUGCUCUCGAUCUCACCCUGGAGGACCUCGUCAGUUUGAGCUUGCAAGAGUUAGGUGAUGACGCGGAAGACGAGACGCCGAAGGAGGAAGAAGAAGACGGCGUCUCGUCGAGGAAGGAUGAAGAAGGUGCGAGAAGCGGUAGCACGAGGUAUCUCAAGUGCCCGGCCGCUGUGACAGUGCGUCAUCUGGUGAGGCUGCUGAUGCUGAAAAGAGGCUGGGAAGAGGCUAACGCGACCGUCAACGGUGUCGUUAAUAGGAUAAAAAUUUUAUACCAAAAACACGAAGAAACGCAGCAGCACCCCGACCAGUUAAACAUGUAUUCGCUGGAUCCCUCUUGGACACUUUUAGAUCUCGCUUGCAUAUUUCGAUGGAAGAAGGAGGCGCCAAUGAAGCUGUUCUACCGGGUGUUGCGAAAGGAAGAGGUGAUUUCGAUCUUGAAAGUUUCCGCAUACAAGAACAACGAGACCAAGGAUGUUCCACCGGUGAUAGAGAAUAUACAGCGACCACCGACCCCACCACCCAGUCCCAAACCGAAUCGCGUGCACGAAGCGGAAACUCGUAACACGAAGCCACCUCGUGCUCUCGAAACGAACGUCAGUGUUCGCGACAAAGAGAUAAAAACGAAAAAACCACGCUGCGAGGUGACACCCGUUAUGCGUACCCUGGACCCUCCGUCGGCUAUCGAACUGUCGACGAGCAAUCGUCAUCGGUCGCCAGAGAAAAUGAGGAGCAAGGACAGAAGCAUGCCAAGAUUGGAACAUCGGAAGCGACGUAAACGGCGCAAACGGGUGAUCGCGGAGAUCACCACAGUGCCGCGCGAGGAUCUCCUGAAGCUGAAGGUCCGUCUGACGCCGUGUCCACCGCGAAUCACUUCCGGGGCGACAGGCAGUGGGAGCGGAAACAGUCAAACGAAGGAGAAGCUGUUACAGAUGCGAGCAGUUAGACGCGACAAGCUGAAAUCGAUUGCAUUGCGGCAGCGAUCGCCGACGAUUCCACUGGUUCGCGUGGACACCAAGCCCUUCAGACAGUACGUCCCAGAGCCGGAAGAAACGAUCGAGGAUAUCAUCGACAGCAUACCCGACGAGGUCGUGCAUAUCGCGCAGAACAUAAACAAUCAAAACGAAGAAGGCAAGCUCACCAAGGAGAGCACCACGGUGAAAAAGAGUACCAAGGAGAUGGUGGAACGUACGAAAACACCGGAGAGCAGCGACGAGGGGGAGACACCGAAGAAAGACGAGGAGAUUCUGCGCCGACUGGGCCUGGUAGCCGUCAACGAGGCCAGCGGUGACAGAACGGCACAGAAGCAACGAGCGCAGUCGAGUGCGGGCAACGCCGACAAGGCGGGCAACCUGAAUCACGACAAGCUGGAGAAACAGCUGCGCGAAAACAAGGCGAAUCGCGUGCGAAGCUUGCUGGCGGAGAAGAAGAUGCGCGACGCCCUCAAAACCAUUAUCUCCAAGAAGGAGGAAUUAUCGCCGUCCGUCAUAAAGACGCCAGCGUCCGCUCUUACUUCCACUGCCGCAGCCGCAGCCGCCACCGCCACCGCCACCGCCACCGCUGCUGUGACCGUCGCCACUCCCGCGUCUACCGCGCCGCCCGUGGCUGUGCCCGUCAUGCCGAAGCUGAAGGAACCACCGCCGUUGACGCCUAUACACAUCGCGAAAUCUUCCGGCUUUGCCGCGACCAGCGUGAUAGUGUCGAAUGUCGUUUCGAAGUAUGAAACGCCGUUAGACCUCAGUAGUGGCGGCGGUGGUACCACCGUUGACGACAACGUCCUCGAUCUCUCAGCCACGUUACCCAGCGGCAACCAUCUUCCACCUUUCUCGUCGUCGUCGUCUUCGUCUAUCUCUUCCUCGUCUUCGUCCUUAUCGCCGUUAUCGAAGACGUCAACGCGACCCACUACCGCGAGCACCGUCCUCGGCAACGUCGUCCGCAAAUCCAAGGAGGCGGAACAGCAACGCGGUAAAGGACAACAAGAAUCGAAUUUGAAGACUCUCUCGGAUGUCGCGGUGUCACGCAUGGGUAGCACGGAAACCAAAUCGACGACGGUAGACUCUAUAGCCUCCACCAACGUCGCCUCCAAUAAGGUCGCUUUACGUAUCCCACAGCCGCAUCAUCGUAUCUCCGGUUUCGGCAUGAAAAGCAAGCCCAAUCUCGGUGUCCGCCACAUCCCGAAUCCUCAAGUCGUGGUCUCCCAAUAUCGUAAUCAAAAGUUGUUUCAUCGCAAUUACUUCAAUAUCGCGCAGAAGCCAUAGAGACCAAGUAUCUUUUAUCGCUGAUACAACCUUACUCCCUGCUUUUUCUAUUCAUUCCUUCCUUAUCCUUGUAAUAUAAAAAUCACGAUCGUCAAUUCUCCAUCGGCAUCUUGGAUUUUAAAGGUACAGUUGAUUGUGUGUUUGAUUGUGAAUUCUGAUAGAUCGAUUGAAAUCUGUGAAAAAUAAGUAAAAGACAUUCCAACUUCUACGGGGGUAUAUCGAUUGCACACGAGAUCAAUUGCGCGCAGACCAAUUACAACAACAAGAACAAAAAAGAAAAUAAAAAGAAUCCCCUACGAAGUCGCUGUUAUUGGCAGUGGGUAAUUGUAACAAGUGUGCAAGUGAACUACUCUCACUUCUAAGAUAGUAAAAACUGCUUGCUGAAGCUUUCACGAGUAUGUAAAAAAUUUUUUCAGAUUUUUAUAAAGUCCAGAACAGUAUAAAAAUCUACGGUAAAAUUUGAAGGACCUAUAGAUUGUAAACAGAGGGUGAAAAUUUCAUCACAUUGUUGACAGUAGAGAGUUAAAUUUCGACAUUGAGUGGCAGCGUCGCGAGAGACGAAAUUUCCAUGUAACUGAAUUAUAUUACUUGUAGCAAGUAUUUGUCGCGAAAUUUAUCAUUUGAAUCCAUUGAAACUUUUCUGAUACGCGACGAAAGACUUCACUGCUCUACCACGACAAAAUCAAAUAUAGUAUUCGGUUAUCUUACUCGAAUUAUAAAGAGCUCUGAUUUUAUUUUUACUACGUAAAAGCGCACAAAUUACGUACUACGUUCGAUCUAAUUACUGCCGUCGCGGCACGUCUUAUUUUUCUGCACGGGAGGGAAAGGUAAGGGAAACCACACUCGUCGGCCACUCGUCGAAUUGUUGUUACUUGGAGAUAUCAAAACUAUACGUACGACUGCAGUAAUACUAUACACCUGACCUGUGUCACGAUCUACAUAUAAACUCUAUGGUUACCAACGGAUCGAUUUGACAAAUGGACUCUGUAGUGUGGAAAUCUAUGACGUCUGAUAAAGGGCUCCUACAGACGAACGACUUUGCAGCGCCACAAUUGAAAGCGUCGACCCAUACGGAGCUGUGUUUUGGCGC